AUGGAAGCAGGAGGGAACUUAACUGCUCCAACCGCUGAAAAUUUGGAUGGCCUCUUGCGAGAAGAUUCACCUAAUAGAGAUUUGUUACCCUCUAAGAGGGAUAGGAGUGACUUGGAUACUGAAAAUCAGUCUGCAAAAUCCAAUGAAGAUCUUAUCAAUAUGGACAAUGGUUGUGAUCCCCAUUUGCAUAAUGGCAAGAAGCUCAAAAGGGACGCUGCUUGUACCAGUGAGGCAGUUGGUCAGAAGUCUGUUCCUAUAAUUGGAAAUGAACUUUCAGAAGAUUCAUCUAGAAGAGAUGGAGAAAAUACUGUAAGAGAAGGAACUGUUUGUAGUUCAAGCACGUGUCCGUUAGUGGUUCAUCAGAGGUGCUUGAGCUCUGCACCCAGCUUUGAUGACAGUGGGAAAUUUUACUGCCCUUUUUGUGCAUAUUCUCAUGCAAUUUUGAAGUACUUUGAAGUCAAGAAAAAGGCGUCUUUAGCUAGGAAAGAUCUCGCUGCUUUCAUUGGAUUGGAGAAUGGACAUCGGGCAAACAAACUUUGUAAGAGAUUUCUUAGAUCAGAGCAAAAUCAGUUGAGACGAGAUGACAACGUGAAUGGAAACAAUCAAACAAACUACAAUGGAAACCAUGUAGAUGAAGUCAAUAGUUCUCAAUACAGAGAAAAUGUAGAAGCUAAGCAACAAGCAGAACCUUCAGUAUCAGGCUUUAAUGGCAAUCUAUCUUGUCGAGAAGGUGGUGUGACCGUAAAUGAUGGAACACUUGCGGAGACACAACAGAUUGAUGAACGGUCUGGUUCUAAGCUUCAUGAAGAUAAUCCAUCUUGCAGAGACGCAGAGAUUGUCGAUGUGACCAAGAUACUUGCUGGAGAUGGAAAGCAACAGGAAGUUUUACAACAACCGAUUACUGAUUCAACCCAAAAAGCUGCAUGUCCACCGAAUGCUGACGCAGAGGAAAGUUCUGAAGAAGAAAAUGAUAAGACCUCUUCUAAUUACUCCAGAUCACUCAGAAGAAAAGAAAAAAAGUACACUUACCCGGCAAUUCCUCAGUUGAGGCGAAAGAAACUCCCAUGGACAGCUGCAGAAGAGUUCAUACUAAAGGAGGGUGUGAAUAGAUUUUCAAGUGUUCAAGAUAGAACUAUCCCAUGGAAGAGGAUUUUGGAAUUUGGGGUUGAUGUGUUUCAGAAAGGUCGAACCUCAAUAGACCUCAAAGAUAAAUGGAGGAAUAUUUGCAAAGGAAGCCCCAAGUCGAACCCGAAGUCAAAGUGAAAUUUUGUCAACUUGGUCUGUUUGUUGCAUGUGUAAAAAUAUACUCUGUUUUUGGCUUCCCCUUUUUAAACUUCAUCAUGUUCUCUUUUUGCUUUCUGUAUUCAAAAUUAAGUUGAAGUAAUUUCAUGAUAUGAGUAGGAAUUUAAAAAGAGAAAAAAAAAAAAAAA